AUGCUGUACAACCCGACGUCGCUUCUAUACAUUUACACUACAAAUACACACAUCUGCAUCGCAACCUGCAUUUGCACUCUUCAGCCAACCAUGACAUCGCCUCCGCCGGCGUCAUCUCUUGGCAUGCAUCUGCAUCCGUCUUCCCCUAGACUGAUACAUGUCAAGAGAGCUCCGGGUCCCCUUUUACUUACACAAGUCCCUGCACCAACAGCCAUCCCGACGACCCACCCCUCGGUGCUGCAGAGCCAAGUUCGGGUCCCGACCCCAGCAUCCCGAGCUUCUGGUGCUCAACACUCGCGCUGUCCUCGCUUCCAUCGUCAUCGUCCCCGCCAGAAUGCGGCCGCGACGACGGAAUCGCCGCGUGGAGGGAGACGACGCCAUUGGCCCGCCUACUCGCCCACCACCGCCGCGCCGAGGAUGCGCAAGAGGAGUCUGCGCAAGCGCCUGCCGGUGCGCAGAACACGUCCGCUACGUCUGCUCGUGAGCCGACACGUCGAGCAGCCGUCGACCAAGGAGCCUCGUUGGAGCGGCGAGGAGAGAAUGGCGGGCAGCAGGAACAAAGGAGUGACGAGAAGGGAAGACGAGCGGGGGAUAGAACAGGGACGGCCAGGAGGUAGCGCGCGUGUCUUGCCAACGCUGAGCCAGUCUCGCAGGAUUGAUGGCGCGAGUUGUCAUUUUACGACGUGUACAUGUCACAGGGGGGGCGGCGUCUAG